AGCCAGCCAGAGCGCGGUCCCCAAGGGCCUGGAAGACUGACUCACACAGCCGUUACUGGUUGUGCUGUCUCAGCAUCCCACCAUGGUUCUGACAGGAAAAUUGAGUUGUUUAUGGACCGUAAUUCUCUUUCCGGUAGUUAGCGACUCUUCCCCCAAGAUACCAUCCAUCACAGACAGGAAAUUUAUAAACCAGUGUGUCAGGACCCACAAUGAAUUGCGUGGCAAAGUCUCACCCCCAGCAGCCGACAUGAAAUACAUGACUUGGGAAGCCGGCUUAGCGAAGGUUGCCAAAGCAUGGGCAGACAGGUGCAAAUUUGAACACAACAGCUGUUUAUCAAAACCAUAUGGAUGCCAUGCAAUGUUUCAACAUAUUGGAGAAAAUAUCUGGUUAGGUGGAUUGAGAACAUUUUCACCAAAAUUUGCUAUAGAAUCUUGGUAUAGUGAAAAUGCAGUUUAUAAUUUUGAUAUGCUAUCAUGCUCCUCAGUUUGUGGCCAUUAUACACAGGUAGUUUGGGCCACUUCAAAGAAAGUUGGUUGUGCAAUUUCAUUAUGCCCUAACUUGGGAAUCGGUCAAACGUCAAUAUUUGUAUGCAACUAUGCACCUCCAGGAAAUUAUCCAAAUACGCCCCCUUACACUAAAGGAACACCCUGCUCUAUGUGUGAAGUAAACGAUACUUGUGAAAACAAUCUCUGCAGCGGCGCAGCUGCAAAGUGGAAUUCAGCAUCUCAGUGCAUAGUAUAUACAGCAAUGUGCCUAAUUUACAAUCUUCUGAGGGUAUUCUAAUCAGCAUGUAUAUGCAAAAUAAUUUCUCAUAUAUGACAAUAAAAGAACAGUCUAUGACAAAAUAUAACU